CGUCGAUCGACGAAUCAUUUCUCACUGGGUAAGGCUCUCGUAUGACGAACCUAACUUCGAAGGAGUAGGGACCAAAAGAGCCGUGGCAGGAUGUUAAACGUCUAAAUAAUUCUUGUUUUCAAUUUCAAUCGCGUUUAAUAGCAAUUAAACUUAUUAACGCGACCGCGGCGAUAACAAAACGUUCGAUGGGAGACAAUAUCUUUUAUAUAGCGUGAGUGGAGAUCGGAGUCACGUGAGGCUAAUUUUAGCAGCGUUUGAUUUUCCGUCUUUCGGAGGGAAGACGGGGACCAUCGAAUAUUUCACUUUUCUCGCGGUCCCCACUUGGCGCCGCUCAGGGCGGCCAAGGUGGGCCGAAGAAAGAGGCGAGAGUAGGAGCGGGUCUCGCUCUGUGAGACGGCGAGUCGGGGCCGAAAAUAAACUCUUCCGUCGCGAACUACACCCGCGGUUACAACGAUUGUAAGAGCGCCGCUCUUACAAGAGCCGGCCCCGGGCCUCGCGCGCGGUCUCCGCGGUCCCCGGCAGUCGGUGUCUUGAUGCGCUCGCAAUCAGAUGCUGUGCUGCGUCCCGAAGAGACUCGCGGGCGGGGGCCCGUUCUACGACGAGGCCCCGUUCUACGGCGGGAUCUCGUUGCGCGACGGGCGCGAUAGCAAUCGUCUGUCAUCCAUCCGCGAGAUACAGAUCGAGUUUCCCGAGGAAGAUGCGCUGCCGCCGAUCUUGCUGCCGUGCGCGAUUUGCGCGCGGACCUUCAUGCCGCAGUCGCUGGAGAAGCACACGAGGAUAUGCGAGCGCGCCGCCACCAAGAAACGCAAGCCCUUCGACUCGGCUAAGCAGAGGAUCCAGGGCACCGAGCUGGCCGAGUUCCUGCCUAAGCAGGAGGUCCGGCGACAUCACCUGGACGAGAGGGUCAGGUCUUCCUGGAAGAAAACCCACGACGACUUCCUGCGGACGAUCCGUGAGGCACGCGGCGAAGUCAUGGACUCGCACAUACAAUGCAACUCGCUGAUCUCGUCGGGCGCGCCGACACGCGCCAACGAGAAGGGCACGUGCCCUACGUGCAAUCGGCAGUUCGGCAUCAAAGCCUACGACCGCCACGUGGCUUGGUGCAAAGACAGAGUCACCCGGCUGCCGAUGAGUCCGGCGACCAAUCUCGCGAAGGAACGAUUGGAGGCCCGCAUGAGGUACAGGGCACCAACCCUGAAGAACCGGCGGGCCAUCAAUCGUGAGAAGUACAGCCCGGGUUCGGCAGCUGCCAAAACGUCAGCGUCGUCACCGGCGCUCGUGAAACCGAAGGAGAGUAUCUCGAGCGUUAGUUCCAAUCGAGAGAGUCCUGCCAAGCAGAAACUUACCGUCGUGAGACGUCCUGGACAACUCAAGGACUCUCCUACCUCAUCCGGGCCUAUGAAGUCGCGUCUUGCUGAUCGUAUGAACAGGAAAAUUGAACUGGCGACACGUCCCACCUGGUGCAAUUAUGUACGCAGAAGGCCAGAUUUUAAUCUCGUACUUAAGGCUAGAACUGGCACAUGCAAGGAUUACGAUCCCUUUUUGCUGGCCGAGCAACAGAUGAACGACCUGCUGUCGGAUACAAGCGAUCAGUCUAUGACGAGGAGUCCCAAACUCCAACAGACUCGCGAUACUCUGUAUCCCCUCUCGCACUCCUCUGCCUUUGUAAAAUAUCCUCCCUCCGACAGGAGGUCGUCCCUCAUAGCGCCACCCACUGAAUUCGACGAUCUCAUGUCAAACUUUUCGAGCGACUCCACCGAGACCAACUCGAUCUCGCGCGAGGUCUUCCUGAAGCCCGAACUCGCGGGCAAAGAUACGGUAGAUAGCCCGAAACCCGUCAGGGAAUUAGGCAGACGAGUCAUUAUUGAUAAAUCGAAGGCGCUGGGCGUCGUCGCCAGCGCCGAUGUACCCCGCAAAAUCUUCGACAAAGAAACGCUCAAACAUACGAGACCGUUAAUCAAUCGAUCCGGCUCGAUCCGGGUCUCCUCCGCGCCCAGAAUCAACGCGGGUGCCGACAGGAAGACCUUGGGCGACGUGAGAAGGGUUCAAGGUUCCAGGUUCGCCGAAGGUCAGAAAUCGUCGGACCAGAAUCUCAAUCAGAAAAAUAAUAACUACUCAUCCCUGUCCGGCAGUAGCCUUAGUCUCAGCUCGAUUGUCUCCUCCUCGGAGUUGGACGUCAAGCGAUCGAACUCGAUGUUCGAUGAAUUGAUGACGUCCUUCGAGGAGGACACGUUUCCCGGACUGAGAUCCUUCCUUAAUAACGAAUCCUUUGACCUGUCCAGUCCCGGCGGCGACAGACAGCGAAACGGCAGUCUGAUCAGCGACGAGGAACUGUCCUCGCCCGACAGCUACAAGCCGCAGGAUCACAGCAAGCUCAGCAACGACUCCGCUUACAGCAGUUUAAAUCGCAAAUAUUCGCAUCAUGGACGCAGCGCCAACGACACGAUCGACCGUCUCGACGAGGACGCGCCCAGGAACGGAACGUCACCGACACAAGCGGCGAUCAAGUACAAGAUGUCCAAGUUCUGUCACGAGUGCGGUCGGCGAUUUCCGGAAACCGCCAAGUUCUGCUGCGAGUGCGGCGUCAGAAGACUCGCGUUGAAAUUCGUGAGACAAUCUCGUGCAACAAUCAGAAAUGCACGAAGCUUUCAUGUAAAUGUUAGCCCAGCGGAAAAGGCAAAGUGCGGCCACGUGGACGAUGGUAGAAGUAACUAUCCUAUGAUAGACCACUGCUAUGACGUGGUAAUAGUAGGAGCAGGAGGCGCGGGAUUAAGAGCGGCCUUCGGUCUUGGUAAAAAAGGAUACCGCGUGGCAGUAGUAUCAAAACUCUUUCCAACUAGGUCACAUACCGUGGCUGCCCAAGGUGGCAUAAACGCUGCUAUCGCCGACGACAAGAAAGACAACUGGCUGUACCACAUGUACGAUACAGUGAAGGGGUCCGACUGGCUGGGCGAUCAGGACGCUAUACAUCUGCUCGCGAGGGAAGCGCCUCGAGCGGUCUACGAACUCGAAAAUUACGGCUGCCCAUUCAGUCGUACGGAAGACGGUAAGAUCUAUCAGCGGGCUUUUGGUGGCCAGUCGUUGCAAUUUGGCAAAGGCGGACAGGCUAAGCGAACCUGCGCCGUCGCAGACCGAACCGGCCACGCACUACUUCACACCCUCUAUGGCCAGAGUCUUCGCUACGACGUGCACUACUUCAUCGAGUACUUCGCCCUCGACCUGCUCAUGCACGGCCGAUGCUGUAAAGGGAUUCUGGCCUGGGAAUUGGAGACCGGACUUCUGCACCGAUUUAGGGCUCAUCAUACAGUGAUCGCAACGGGUGGCGCCGGAAGAUGUUACUUCUCCUGUACCGCGGCGCACGCCUGCACGGGCGACGGCAUGGCGAUUGCGUGUCGAGCGGGAUUGCCGUUACAGGACUUGGAGUUCGUUCAGUUUCACCCGACCGGCAUCUACAACAGCGGCAUACUCAUAACCGAGGGUAGCCGGGGAGAAGGUGGCAAACUCGUCAACUCCGCGGGAGAGUUCUUCAUGGAGAAGUACGCACCCGUGGCCAAGGAUCUAGCCUCCCGCGACGUUGUGUCGAGAGCUAUGACUGCCGAAAUACUGGACGGAAGGGGCGUCGGGGAGAAGAAGGAUCACAUUUAUUUGCAACUGAACCAUCUGCCGGCCGAGCUGUUACGCGAGAGGCUGCCCGGAAUCUCGCACCUCGCUUGGGUAUUCGCUGGAGUGGACGUGACGAAGGAACCGAUCCCCGUGAUUCCCACGGUGCACUACAACAUGGGCGGCGUACCUACAAACUGGCGUGCGCAAGUAUUAACGCGAGAAAACGAGGAGGACAGGCCGAUCGAAGGCCUCUGGGCAGCCGGCGAGACCGCGUGUGCGUCUGUUCACGGUGCUAAUCGGCUGGGUGCUAACAGCCUUCUGGAAAUCGUGGUCUUCGGCAAAGCCAUCGCCGACCAGAUCGACUGUAUCGCCAGGCCUGGCGAACGUCAUCAGGAAUUGUCGCCAGACAUCGGCGAGCAGUCCAUUUGUCGCUUCGACGCGACCCGUUAUGCGAAAGGCUGCGUCCCCGUUGUCGAGCUGCGCGACGAGAUGCAGCGUACGAUGCAGAGGUACUGCGGGGUAUUCCGGACCUGCGACAUUUUGCAGCGCGCAUGCAGGGAGAUGUCCCGCCUCUACACCUGCGAUCUGCCAGAUUUAUGCGUGCAGGAUCAGUCCCUCAUUUGGAACACCGAACUCGUCGAGGCCCUGGAGCUGCAAAACAUGAUGCUCAUCUGCAUGCACAUCGUAUACGCGGCCGAAAAUCGAAAGGAAUCGAGAGGCUCGCACUCCAGGGAAGACUACAAGGAUAGAGUUGAUGAGUAUGACUAUUCCAAACCGCUAGUCGGACAAAAGAAACGACCUUACACGGAACACUGGCGCAAACAUACGCUUACGUGGGCUCAGGAGGAUGGAACGAUUUACAUCUCUUAUCGGCCCGUUAUCGAUACGACUCUAGACGAAACCGAAGCCCAGCACGUGCCCCCGGCAGUUCGUGUAUAUUGACCCAAGAAAUAUAAUCGUCGGCAGUCGGAUAUUUGAAACGCAAUGGGAACGAUGCGAUUAUAAAUCUAUCUAUCUAAUAAUAAGUCGGUCAUCGCGUUAUCGCUAAUCCCACAUUAGAAGUUAGGCGCGUGAAAUCCGAAAACUAGACACCAUCAGAAAUCGGAGAAACUGCGAGAGAAAAUCGUCGAAAAACAUAUUUAUUCUUUGAAUAUUACUUUUACAUAUUAUUUCCUUUCGAAUAUCUCGCAUAAAUUGCCCCGCGCGCAAAAGGCGUCAAUUGCGGUUUACUGGCAGAAAUAAUUAAUGCCUCGGUCAAUUUAAUUCGUAAUGAGAAAAGUGAAUCGAAAGUUUCUUGAAGCAAUUAGCAAAACGUUCCUUCGAACGUUCCUUCCACCGGAGGCUGCGAUAGCGAAUUACGUUAUGCAAGAAUAUCGAUGAAGCGUCGUAAUCAAUUUUUCUUUUGUUUUUAUAUGAAAGAGACAUCGAUUACGGUUCAGCGUGUUUUCACCAAUGUCACUGUAUCCGCUACUUAGUUUCGUAAGAGAUAAAUCGUUAAUUAUACCUUCGGUGAUAGCAUUACGACAUCGCGCUGAUAAACGUUGAAUAAACUUUUUUCACGGAA